AUGGCUCCUCAAAGGGCAUUAUUCGUAAUCGAUAUUCAGAACGAGCUGAUCGCCGAUCCUAAAACUCGCAUUCCAAAUCCUGAGCGGGUCAUUAGGGCAUCCGAGGAAAUCCUCAAGGCUACUCGGGCAACUCUUGACUUGAAGAACAACUAUCCAGCACCCUGUCUUAUUGUCUUCGUACAGCAUGAGGAAUCUCCGGGAGGCACCUUGUUGAGAGGCAGUGAGCCUUGGGGGCUUUUCUUCCCUCCUCGCGCAGACCGGGAGGACGAGAUACUGGUUGCGAAGCGCACAAGAGACACUUUCGAGUCAAAUCCCGAUCUUGCUCAGAGGCUUCGCGACAGAAAUAUCACCGAGGUCAUUACGUUCGGCCUCCAGAGUGACGCUUGCGUGGAGGCAACGACUCUAGGAGCGCUGGCUGCUGGGUUUGACGUGACUGUGCUCUCUGGCGCACAUUCGACUUACAACAGCGAUGGGAAAACGGCGAUAGAGAUUGAGCGUGAAAUUGAACACCGCCUAUCCACUCGUGGCGCUCAUAUUGUUUCUUGGGAAAAAGAGAUUACGGCAUGGGCGGAUCAGUCGUAG